GGGGAAAGUUCAGAGGUCACAAUGUUGUUGUCUUUGUGUAAAGGAGUGGAGCUCGAUCUCGCAUCACUCUUCCCUCUUCCCCGAGUCCUUUCUAAACUCUUCCCCCGGGUUUCUACCCUCCCGAACCUCUCCCCUUCUACCCUCACAACCCCAACCCUUCCCCCGGUCACCCUCCAGCGGACGAACCGGAUCAUCUCUGUGACCGAAUACUAGAAGUUCUUCACAAAACCUCUACAGCCGCCAGUAUCACUAUGGACUCCGGUGUGAUUGAAGGAGGGCUCAAUGUCACCCUUACCAUUAGACUGCUCAUGCAUGGCAAGGAAGUAGGCAGCAUCAUUGGAAAGAAAGGUGAAUCUGUAAAGAAGAUGAGAGAAGAGAGUGGCGCGCGCAUCAACAUCUCUGAGGGCAACUGUCCUGAGAGGAUUAUCACUUUGGCUGGACCAACCACGGCCAUCUUUAGAGCAUUCUCCAUGAUCAUCGAUAAACUGGAAGAAGACAUCAGCAGCUCGAUGACGAACAGCACUGCCGCUGGCAAGCCCCCGGUGACCCUGCGCAUUGUGGUGCCCGCCAGCCAGUGUGGCUCCCUCAUUGGCAAAGGUGGCUGCAAGAUCAAGGAAAUCCGAGAGUCAACCGGUGCUCAGGUUCAAGUGGCAGGAGACAUGCUCCCAAACUCCACGGAGCGCGCCAUCACUAUAGCUGGCACACCCCAGUCUAUAAUCGAGUGCGUGAAGCAGAUCUGUGUGGUCAUGCUUGAGUCUCCCCCAAAAGGUGUCACGAUUCCCUACCGACCCAAACCUUCAGGAUCUCCUGUCAUCUUUGCAGGCGGACAGGCGUACACCGUACAAGGACAGCACGCCAUUCCACAGCCAGAUCUCACAAAGCUUCACCAGCUGGCUAUGCAGCAGAGCCCCUUCCCCAUUGCACACGGCAACCAGGGAUUCACCGGUAUGCGCCACAAGACGCAACUGCGUUUAUCUUGCGUGGUGCAACGGUGGUUCAUGUGCUGUUUUCUCGCUCUCUUAGGGAUUGACGCUUCUGCUCAAACCGGUUCUCAUGAGAUGACCAUUCCAAAUGAUCUCAUCGGCUGCAUCAUUGGCCGCCAGGGGGCCAAGAUCAACGAGAUCAGACAAAUGUCGGGUGCCCAGAUCAAGAUUGCGAAUCCGGUGGACGGGUCAACUGACCGGCAGGUGACCAUCACAGGCUCGCCUGCCAGCAUCAGUUUGGCUGAGUACCUCAUCAAUGCCAGUGUAGAGUCCUCUAAACCUCCUCCCUCCUCCUCCUCCUCCUCCUUGAACCCUGAACAGAGCAGCCCGUGCCCUUCCUCCACCUCUACUGCUGCUACUACUACUACUGCUACUACCACUACUACUACUACUACCACCUCUGCUUCCUCCUCCUCCUCCUGUGUGGUGCCCCCCUCAGCCUCCAUCCCUCUGUCCUUGUUGGCUCCUGGUCCGCCUCCUCCUUCCUCCUCCUCCUCUUCUUCCUCUUCCUCCACCGACCCCAUGCCCCCCAGCUCUCCUGCCUGUGUGUCCAGUCUUCUCAGUCUCAAGCCCAUCCCACUUCUGGCCCUCCAUGUUGUCAGCGGGGCCGCCAACCCCGCCGCCCCCGAGCCCAAAAUCGCCCCCGAGCUGAGCUCCAAGUCCAAACGGCGAAGGCUGUCCCCUUACUAAUGUGUCCGCACUGACUUGUUGUCUGCACCUGCUUUGCCACGCGUACUUAAACACACACACACACACACACACACACACACACACACAAGCGGCCAUGUUUACUCCGCUAUUGCCUGUCAAGUGUCAUGUAUGAUUAUUAUUAUUAUAAUUCUAUCAAUAUUUUGAAUGACUUUGCAUGUUCUCCAGUCUUUAUCCUCUUUGUGCAAAAGCCCUGCUCAGGUAGCACAUCUCUCAGAUGUCAUGCUGGUUCUUAUUACGUUUAGCUGUCACCAUGGCAACCGUGCUUUUCUUCUUGUGCACAAUGCGAGUGACGUGUGCUCAGGUAUCCCCGGCAGCAUAGCAUCGACUUAUAGCCACCCUAUAGGUAUCAUUUGCUUCCUCGCCGGAACCAGUUCUUUCUACUGAGUUUCUCUGCAAAUGUUUCCGAGGUAAAGCUGUUACUGUUAGCCAUAAACAUCUUUUUUUAGCCCCACAAAUCUGAAUUGGGCCACUCGGAGGAGAGAAAAACCUGGUUUUAUCGUUCAACCGUAAUUUUUCGAGCAGUAGUGUGUAAUUGGUGGAGUCACGCACUAUUGCAUUGACAAGUGGACCACCACCUAGCAACACAUCCCAACCAACAUGGUGGACAUGCUUUGCAGGGAAUGUAAAAGUGCUAUGUUUAUUUGAUCACUUCAAAGCAGGCUAGUACUGUUACGUAGUCGUCAUAGUUGGUUCCUCUGUCCACCACUUAGGGCCAUGUCCACACAUACACAGUUUUUACAAACAUUAUUUCAUGUUUUUUGGCCUUUUGUCCACAUGCAAACGUCUUUCCAAAACUCCUGUCUUCAGCGUUUGUGUAAAGAACUUUUUGGCUGUUAUUGCAUCUAUUUAAAGUUGAACAGAACAUGUCUAAUGACGUUAUCUCUUUCAUGUGCUGAUUGUAGACUAGUUCAUGUAAUAUGGAGGCAUUACAAUGUGCAGCCAAGUCAGUCGUGGUGGUUUCAGGCUUCUGACUGAUUUUUUUUUUAACCUCGCUUUGUGUGCGGACAUACUGGAGGACAUCUGAAGCGGUUUCAUUUAAAAUACUUUUUCUAAGAUUGACUUUGUUUUCUCCUAAAAUAUACUGCUUUUUUCCCCAAAAUGUAAUUGUAGACAUUUUUUCUCUAACACAUUUAUUUUUGUUAAAUUGCGUCUUUUUUUCCGUUAUGUAUUCCUUAUGUAUUCUCAAAUAUAUUUUUUCCCCAAAAUUUUGUCUUUAAGUCUUUUAUAUUGCAACUUUUUCUUUGAAAUCUUAAAAAAAAAAAAACAUACACCUUUUUUCUUUAUUUAUUCACAUAAGAGUUCCCCCAUUAACUCCACCACCACCCUCCCACCCCAAAUUUUAUUUGGUAAAAAAAGUUCUCCCUUUUCACCUCAAUUUCUUUAUUCUCCUCUCAAAAUCGAUUCCUUUUCCCUCAAAUUCUACAUCUUUUUUUUUUGUAUUUAUGCUCGUAAAAUUGCGACUUUUGUCUUAGAAAUGUAAGAACUUUAUUCCUUUUAUCAUAAAAUGGUGACUUUUUUGUUUGUUUUGUUUUGUUAGACGAGCUUGGUUUUGCUGAAAUGAUGUAUUUUCAUUUUAUUUUUUUGGACGUGUACAACUUUUUCCUUAAACCCCCAAAACGCUAUUCUCUUAAAUAUUGUUUUCAGUGUGGUCCUCAUAGCCCCUUUCUGAGCCCAAAUAGAUGAAAGUAAACAAUGAAGUGUGUACAUGUGGACUUGGCCUUGAGAUGAACGUCAAACUUUGCACUGUAAUUAGUCAACUUGGCCACUAGAUGGCACAGUCUCGCACUCACCCAGUUGAUGUUCGCUGUUGGAAUACACGAGCAGCUACUGUGCAUACGUCGUAGUUGCAAUUUCAAACAACAAAAGCAGCCAUUUUAACUUAGAAAAAUGCACAAAUGAGCUAAAUAGUAUUUUGGAAGAGGUUCAAGUGGAAAGAUGUGAUGAACAGUGUCGUGUACUGAUGUUGCUUGCAUGGCUCAUACUCUUUCCCACCUUUUUGUGUGCGUGCGCGUGUGUUCUCCCACUUUUGGACCUUUUUUUUUUUUUUUUUUU